CGCAUUUCGCAUGAGCCAAAAAUCAGAACAGAAUAGUCCAACGGAAUCCCUGAAUACUGGAAUCGUGGGCACAACGGUGGUGCUGGGGAAAAAUUAGUGCGUCAAAUAACCUGUCAAGACGGAUUGAAAAAAAACGACAAACAUCGCGGUUCGAGGGUGACGACUUCCCGUGUGAGCGAGUCAGUUGAGUGUGUGAUACAGGAUGUCGAAGCCCGAACAGGUUUUAACUAUCGAGCCGCAGAAUGAGCUGCGAUUCAGGGGACCUUUCACGGGGGCUCCUGUUACGUCUUACAUGAAGCUCACUAAUCCCACAAAUCACAAAGUAUAUUUUAAAAUAAAGACAACUGCUCCAAAAAGGUAUUGCGUAAGACCAAACUCUGGAGUUCUUAAACCGAAGGAAGUAACUGAAAUAGCAGUUUGCUUACAGCCAUACGAUUUUGAUCCAUCGGAAAAGAGCAAGCACAAGUUUAUGGUACAGACGUUAAUAGCUCCUGAAGGCGACAAUGAUGAAUAUCCACAAGAUGUAUGGAGAGAUUCAAACCCGAGUCAAAUGAUGGAUUCCAAACUGAAAUGCGUGUUCGAAAAUCCUGUAGCCAGUACCACAACGACUAAAGGUACACCGACUACUACAACAGCCAAAUCGGACAUAAAUGUAACCAAUGGUAAAAAUAAGGGUACCGGCGACACUGUCAAGGCACCUAAGCCUUUACUUGCCGAAGGCGAUACUGAAGAGAAAUUGAUGAAAGCAGCACAAGAAGUAAAUCAACUCAGGGUACAAGAAAGCAAUCUGAGGCAGGAAAAUCUUCAACUGAGGGAGGAGAUCCUGAGAUGGCGAAACGCGACACUAGAUAAGGAUGCGAACUGGUCAGAUCAGCCAGCGGGUUCAUCUUCGCACAUGACUUCUCAGCUUUCUCCAACAUUCACGAGUGUUGCCAUCGCCGUCGCAAUGGUUAUUGUCGGUUACCUUCUUGGUAAAUUGAUUUGAGCAGCCUUUGCCUUACACCUAAGCACACCCCUUCCCCCAUUUUUUCUUAGCCUAAAAUCUCCUGGCCACACGGCGCCGUCACUGUGAACCGCAACAAAAAAGCAAAAUUAAAUCAACUCGUUACUCAAAUGUUCAUAAUAAAUAUUACCAUAAACGUCUAUUGUAGUGCAGUCUACAUGAUUCCGGAUCACUUACUAUAAGCGUAGAGCGUUUGGAGCAUGGAAGCGAAGGGACGAAUCCUUUUCGAAGGACCGGAAAUUUAUGUCUUAGCGAUUUUUAAAAAAAAUCUUAUGUUUUUAACACAUCACGCUGAUUAGCUCUGAUUCUUUUCAGCUCGUGAAUUGAUUUUUGGUCGUGGCCUAUUAUAAAAGGAUUGUGCAACUGACUGGGUUUUGAUCACGGAUUUUAAUGAAAAGCUUUUGAUUUAGGGCUUCGAUUCCGACACCGGAUUCCACCACACGUUACUGUAAAUAAACUAACCAGUUUUUAUCGACUGAACUGAAUCAAUGUAAAACGCGAAGGAAGGGUCGAAGCGGACGUCAUGAAAUCAACGCUUUGCGCUCGAGCCUCUUGUAAAUUGGAUCGUUCACUUUCCCGAUGGGAGAGAAGGGGUUGGCUGCAACAUAGUGGUGUAUACGUAAUUCGGCGAUCGAGUCUGCCUCUGGCGAUUGUAUUCCAGAAGUUGACGCAUUAAAUCUACCAACGCUUCGGUGUACUUUUUAUUUAUUUAUGUUUAUUAUCUUAUAAAAAUUUAAUCCAAAUAAAGAUAUCUCGGAUGUCAAAAAGUCAAACCAGGCCUUUUGCUUUUGUACUUCGCGAGAUUUGGGCACCGAAGUAAAGAAACUGUUAUUUAUAUUUGUGCCUUAGACUAGGGGCAAUAGUAAUCCUCGUACUUUCCCGACCGGCUUUUAUUUUUUAUGUACUUCCUGUUUUUUAUUACGAUCUCUUUAUUUUCGUCGUCCCUUUGUGCGUGCGUUACGGUUCUCGCGAAUGUGAGAAGUAAAUAUGAUUGAAAACCGAGUACGAUGUGCAAUACGUGAUACUGAUAUAAUUGCGUCCUCGAUUGUAGAAAACAAUUGACAAUUGUACUCAAAAAAUGCGAGCAGCGCCGUUACCGAAAUCGUGUUAUAGGCGUGGACCGUUGAUUAACCCACCUAGAGUUUUUGAUAUUGUGUUUAGAUGCAAAAUAGGCAUCCAAGUUUGUACACCAGAGUACCGGAGUUGAGCUUUUAACAUUUAAGAUUUAAGGAAAAGCCGUUCCAUCGAGAAACAGUUAUUUGUGGAGAAACUAAGUGUUUUCAUCUCUAGUUAUUUAGGAAAGGUUGCUUGGCUUUGAUCCUGUAAGGUGAGGGAAUAUCGCGUCAAUGUGAAAAAUCAAAAUCCAAGAUUGGUCUUUCCCAGUUUUACUACGAUCCGGAUGCGAAGAGCUAUAGAGACCGACUUGAUUCUGUUCCCGAUUACCUCGAGCUGUUGCGUUUAAAUACAAUAAUGUGGGAGUCUGCGUGAUUCAUGGAGUUAUGGUUAGGUAUUGACCUCAAGACUCGACUUUUUACUGUUGUAAGAUUUCAUGUUUCUCGUGCAGCAAGAGCAGAAUAUUGAUGAAUAAACGUCUGUCCUAUGAUACGCUAAAGAUUAUUUACUUUCACGUUGUAGGAUUUACUAAACAAUGGUCCUAUCGUACGACCGAUAAACGGAAUAUUUGUAGCCAGAUUAUUAUUACAUUGUACUCUGUAGAAUAUAACUGUAACGCACUGUAACUGCUAUUCGAUCAGGGUUGCAAAGUUACAAAUGGAAAGUGAAAUAAAUUUAUUACUCAAA